AUGACUAUAUUAUUGUUUAAUGGAGAAGAAUAUGCCUAUUGGUGGAUUCUUUGUUUUGAGAAAUUUUUUAAAGAGCAUGGAACACCUAAGUCAUUGAAGGUGUUGAAAGCUGUUGGAGCUUUGAGAGGUUCUGCUCUCAAAUGGUGGAUAUGGUGGUCUCGUGUUCAUCGUAGGUAUAGUUGGGAUACAUUUACAACAACUUUGUUAUGGAUAUUUAAACCAGAGUGGAGAGAAAUAUUUCCAAAAGACGAAGAGGAUGAUCCAGCUCUGAAAUUAACUUAUGAAACAAUGGAGUCCAUGGAUCCAAUCUCUAAAACUGUUGAAGAUGAUGUAUAA